AUGCAGAGCACUCGUGCCUCCGGUGCACGCUUCAGGCAGAGGAAACUCUCGACCAAGCAUCCGCUACAGGUCGUCAAGGAGAAUGAAAUAGAGACCUUUGCCAUCGAUGAGGAUCCUCAACGCCACAUACCUCAUGUUGAGACUGGUGUAGAAAAGGCAGAGGAGACAGAACACCAUCUCCAGGCUGUUAUCUCUGCCUCUGCCGCUGCGUCGCUAGGUGCCAAAGUCAACCAAGUCUAUAUUCCAACCCCAGAGACAAAGUCAAGCGGUAUUCCCUAUGAUCAGUUGUAUCCACGACAUUUUGCUGAACCUGCCACCUACAUUCGAUUCAGUUCAACGGUAGAGGACUCCAUCGGACAUCAGUACAAUAUCGACGAAGAGGAUGAUGUCUUCUUGCUGAACUUCAACUCAUCNAAAAAGGAUGAUGACAAGCUCUCGGAGGAUCUCUUCGAGGAGCUGAUGAGCUUCUUCGAACUCAAGUCUGACAAGAACCAUCCUUUCGCCAGUAUUUCUGACGCUCCGAUCCUGACACUUGAAGAAGCCGAAAGCUACUAUGACGACCCAGAAGAUGAAACGAACCUUUCUGUAGAAGCCCGGAAGUGGGCCAAGGAUGUGUAUGAGCACUGGCGUUCAAGAAGAGCGCAGAAUGGCAAUCGCUCGCUCCUGUCGAGCCUCAAGUUCGAGACUGGUGCGGAUACUGACGACAACGACGCCUACGUAUGUUUCAGACGUCGCGAAGUACGACAGGCUCGCAAGACCAGAGGCAGAGAUGCUCAGGUAACCGAGAAGCUCAAGAAGCUGAGGAGAGAGCUUGAAGAUGCGAGACAACUUCUCAUAUCUGUCAAUCAGCGCGAGCGUUUGAUCAAGCAGAGGAUAGAGACAGAACGAAAGGUGUUCGAACAACGCAGUGAGUUGAAGAAGGUCAAGGUGCAGCAAGGGAUCAAAGGUGAAAAGGGAGAAGACGAGGAACUCCUUGUCAACCAAAGAGUAAGUCAUAUUCCUGUUACCGUCAAUGUGGUUCGCAUGCUGAUGUUGAACAGNCCCACACCCAAGCCCAGGCCAACAAAGGCCGAUGGACAAAGGCCCACAACAUUGCGUCUUCCUGGAACGAGAGCAGAGGCAGUCCGCGCAGCUCCAGAGAACGAUCUUGUGCAGUUGUCAGACAUCCAGGAAGAAGCAGCCGCGGCGAUACAGCGAUCAGUCGAAGAGAAGAUCGGCCAGCAUCGCAAGUGGAACAAGGAUUGGGUCGACAACACUUGGGGACCAAUCACGCCACCAGCCGAGCCUUCGUCAGCGUCUGGAUAUCUGCCACGCAUCGAAGAGGUUCAGCUGCCUACUCCACCAGCAUCUUUGCAUUCAGAGACAUCACAAGAUCAUGUCAAGGAUGUCGAGAUGAAAGACGCAGACUUACCUACACCGGUCAGUGCUGCGCAAGAACAACCACCUCGUACCAUGUUCCGCUUCAACUCGCCGCCACCUGAGGCAGGGUAUGAGAGACCUGCGUACAGGCGACGAUAUGGUCGUAAUGGUCGGUUGUAUAUUGAACAACGCAAGCCGCGCAUGUUUGUUCAGAGCAAAGGCGUGAUAGGCGACUCUGACGAUGAAAGUGAUGGUGAGACGGUCGUGUAUCCCAUGGAUUGCUACGACACACUGGGCAUCAGCUAUCGCGCUAGUAUUCUGGCGCCGCGAAGGCCAGUCGAUCCGGCAGCUGACCAUAUAGCGCAGCUGAGGCGAACAGCAUCCAGCGGUGAUGUGGCAAUGGCGGGCGGUGCGUCGACGGCGGGCCAUGGAACCAGUCAUGGCCAGGGCGAGGGUGGAAGUUGA